UUGUAUACUGUCACUGAAAAAAAUUUUGUAUCAAAAAUUUUUAAUUUCGAAUUGACAUGCGUUUGCAGAUCUUACGCACCAAUUCACGGCUUUAUUUGCGUGGUAAUAUGUACAUUCAGCAUUGUAGCAAAUAUGGUUCACGUUUUGGUACUAACAAGGCCAAAUAUGCGAUCUUCUGCCGUGAAUUGCGUAUUAACUGCGGUAGCACUAUGCGACAUGGGCACCAUGUCAUCAUAUUCUAUUUACAUUUUUCAUUUUGUCCUCUUUAAAGAUGAUGCUUGUUCACCUAUUUAUUCGUAUUUUUGGAUACGAUAUUUGUUAUGUCAUAUGGUAUUAAGCAUAGCUUUACAUACAACUUCUUUAUGGUUAGUUGUAGUAAUGGCUUUUAUUCGACGUAUGGCUAUAAACAGUGCAGUCCUUAAUAGGUAA